AUGGUUCACCUUGGAAGUCAGCCCUUUAGAGGUAAGAAAGAACAGGCAGCUUACGAUAAAUCUUUUGCUGGCCGAUACCAGAAGCUUCUCAGAAAGAAUCACUUCCUCUUCUUUGGUCUUCCUUUCAUGCUCAGUAUAGUGGCUGGAUCACUCUACCUCCAAAAGUUCACUGCACUCAAAUGGGAGAGAUUCGACGAGAAAUAUCGUCAAAUGGGCGAGGAUGAGAUGCUCAGUAUGAUUGAAAAUAAACGGUCUUUCGAUAAGCGUGAUGACUACUACAGACUUCAGGGAUUGUUGAAAGACCACAGCCAAGAUGUGAGUGAUGACUACGAGAUUGUCCGAGUUAAGAGAAAGAAGGAGGAUGAGCCCGUUUGGUAG